AUGUCGCUUCUGCAGUCUCCUGCUCCCUCUCUCUCCCCUUCAAACACAAGACUCUGGUUCCCUCACCCUACGCUCGGGUUUCCUUUCCGUCAGUGUCACUAUCCCCUUCUAGCGCGGUCGCCUCCACACCCCCCGGCUUGGCCGCCGUAUCGACCAUCGUAUCCCCCGUGGUCUCUCGCUCUCUCUCAGUCUCUCUCUCUCUUUUCCUCUGCUUGGGUUCAAUUUCCCGUCGACCAGCUGUUGGUCAUGGUUAUUGACACACUUGCGCCCCUCGUGUGGGCCUCGUCGUCCCAUUCGAUCCGAGGCAUUGACAUUUGCGGCCAAGUACGGCAAAGUUGCCAGGAACCGUCAUUUCCUCCAAGCCAUUUCCAAGCCCAUCCGUCCCUCGGCCUGUUGUUCCGUGACCCUCUUGUCUUUGUCUGCUUCUCCGCGCUGUCUGUGUUUCUGGUACCUUGCAUUGGUUCAUCCGCAGUCCCGAACCCUCUGCCCAGUGCCGUCAGAAGGUACGGAGUACGGAACAUUAUUGAGUACACUACCCGUACUACGGAGGAGUAUGUGCGAAUAUAG